AUGGAUUCGUCGGCUGUAAAUUUCAAUGUGACCGUGGAUGACUUCGACAGUGUGCUCUCGUAUCCCGACCAGUCUGUAUGGACAACACCGGACCCUUCGAGCUCGGACUACCUUCCAGAAAAUAGUUCGUGGCUUUUGGGUACUUUUCACAAGAGCGAUACCGUGAAUGCGUCCAUCAACUUCAACUUCACUGGCCCGGCGCUGUAUAUUUAUGGAUUCUCUGGCCCGGAAUACGGCUCGUAUGAAGUCCUGUUAGAUUCUUCUUCCGUGACCGCCAGUGCUUACUCCUCGAGUAAUGGUUCAACACCUCACCUUCUCUAUGGAACGAGCAAUUUGACCUAUGGAGAGCAUGAAAUUACAUUAUGCAAUCUUGGAGCUAUUUCAAGUAACGGAGAUGGAGGUGGAAAUUCCCUGCUGUUUGAUUUUCUGCGUUUUACAGUUCAACUCGCACCUGCUGGAGCGUCGGUUUCGAACACGACGAUACAAGAAAAUGAUUCAUCUCUGAGUUACACAGGCACUUGGGGCAGCAAUACAUCGGGCAAUUUCAGUGGAGGCGGGUCUUCGUACACGAAUGACGACAAUGCAUCAGUGUCCUUCCCUUUUAAUGGCUCCGCCAUCUAUGUUUUCGGCGACAAGAAAAACGACCAUGGCCUGUACAGUGUCGUACUUGACAAUGGCACCGAGCAGAUAUUCGACGGGGUAUCAGGAUGUGGAGGAGCGUUUGGGCAAACCUGCGAGCAGCAACAGCCUACAUUGGCGUAUUUCACAUCCAACCUUGCCGAAGGAGAACACUCGCUGAGUAUCACUAAUCUAGCGGGUGUGAACCAGUCGUAUUUCGAUCUCGAUAGCAUCGUGCUGACCAUCCCUUCGAGCUAUGCUCCCCGAACGCUCACGAAUAGCUCCGAUAGCUCUGGUUCCUCCUCAGGAAACUCAACGUCUGGUUCUGGAUCAGGUUCAUCUCCGAAUUCGACGAAUGCUGCACUUAUGACUCAACCAAUAUCUCUUGUAUCCACUCAUUGGUUCAUUCUUUUGAUUCUUGGUAUAUGGCUGCUGAACAGGCGGUGA